AUGUGUGCUCUGUACCCGAGAACCACUCCAUCAAGAUGGAACUGCCUGCCUGCUCGCAAGCAAUGGCUUCACACUGGUCAGACUGACGUGCUUAGUUCAGUCCGGAUCCCUGGAUCUGACGGUCCAUCCUCAUCCUCGACAUCAAGCAAGUUCGUUUCGGUGUCAGCCGGCAGGCGCUUCGUCACGCUGGUUUCGACUGCCCCUCCAAACGCUACUACACAACCCUCGCUGUAUUUGGACUUGCCUUGGUAG